UGACGUUUGGUCAGAUCAUGACAUUUUGCACAUUUAAUUUCAACAAAUGGCAGACUUCUUUUUCGGUUUCGAUGCAAUACUCGCUAAUAGCAGUUUAGAAGAUGGGGUGGAUUGUCCAUUGGAGGAGGACGAUUUUGGAGAAGAGGAAGAGUACGACGCGUUGAACGAUGAAACUUUUGGUUCCGAAGCCACUAUCGGCGAUUGGGAGAAAGAUCAUGAACAGCUCGCUAGGAUCACGGAGUCGACUCGUCCGCAUAAUCGGAAAAGUUUCGGCAAAAAGAAUGGAGUCAACGCGGAUAUCGAAGAUAAUCUAUCGCAUCUAGUCUUAGAUGACAAAGAAGGAAUCGUUCCCCGACCCGGAGUAUGGGAUAGCCCUUCUAAUCUGCCCUUGCCUAAAUUUAGGCCGCCUUUGACAAUACCGUCGACCUUAACGAACGUACGAACCGUCGAAGAAUUGGAAAAAGGUCUGAUCGCGAAUAGACCGCCACCAGGAUUGGCGAAGCCUGUUCAAUUGCUGCAACAUCAGCAGCAGCAGCAGCAGCAGCUGCAGCAACAUAAAUCCGAUGGGUCGCUUCUUUUCGAGUCAUUGCCGGCUCCGCCGCGAUUUCCACCAGGUUUGGGCCUACCGCCUGUGCAUCCUGUCGUUUUACCACCAAACGUGAGAUUUCCGCAUCCGCAGUUCGUACAACACCCUAGACUGUUACCCAAUCAAACUGGAAAUGUACUGAGGUAUCCCAUUGCCGCGCAUUUAAUGGUGCCGCAUGCUACGCAAAGACAGCCAAUUCACGGUUCGUUUUCUAAUAAUUUCCCGCAACCUACGCACUCGAAUUUAGGGCCUCCUCCGUUUUUGCGAACGGAUCAAGGCAUGAUGCCUCCUUUUUCUGGUAAUCAGACUGGUCAUCAUCAGCAACAUUCUUUCCCGUAUUCUGGAAACCAACGAAAUCAGAGCAGGUCUUUCCAUCAUCCGGAGCAACAAGGAAAUCAUCAACCAUUUUUUAAAAAUAAUCAACAUCAUCGUAAUCACGAGCGAAAUUAUCAGCAACAACGGCAUUAUUACUACCAUCAUCAUAAUCUGGGUGUAAAUGGAUUGACCAAUACAGGAGAAAGUGACGAAUAUGCUGGUCUCAUGAGUAGCCGAGAGAAACAAUGGUUAAUUAACAUUCAGUUGUUGCAACUGAACACAAACGAGCCGUACGUCGACGACUACUACUACACCGUUUUCUGCGAUAAAAGGAACAAACAGAGCACAAAUGAAGACCAAAAAGAGAAAAAGCAACACAAUAACAAUAACGGUUACCAUAGAGACUCAAGGGAUCGAGAACAGACGACGCAUCAUGUCCUCACUAGACCAAUAUAUAUACCGACGCAGUUUGAAAAUUCGUUGGGAAAGCUGCAAUUCGCGAGUGUAAUAGCACCGCGUAAAGUUAUCGACAUGGAUGUGGUACCAAAUAGCGAUCCUCAAUCGGUUACACAAAUACAGCAGAAAGAUACAAAAAGAACAAGGCAACUGCUGCUUGAAAUCGAAAGGUUGUACGUUAUCCAACUGAAGCUCGAAGAUUUGCACAAUCCAUUGGCACUGUUUAGUGAACAACAACAAAGUCAAGAAGAAGAAAUUGAAGCGAAUACAGUUAAAAAGACUAAACCAGAAUUAAUAAAUACUAUGCUAUUGUCUUUGCUUCAGUUAAUUCAAGAUGACAAAUUGACGAGCAUGCUUAGUAUUCGAAAAGGAAAAACACUAUUAUUAAGGUUCUUGCCAUACUUGAACGUAACGGAACACCGUGCGCAGCUAGAGGACUUAUGGAAUGCGAUAUUCCGAGGACUAGCUAUAAUAGGUCGUAGAGAUUCUCAUGUGCUGAUGACCCUUUAUUCGGAGUUUCAACGUUGGUUCGUUGCUAUACAAGACUUUGGUGCGAUACUUCGACUAGCUCGGUCAUUGUCCGACUCUGUUAGUCAGCCGAACAAGAACAACAGUUUAGCCUUUGCUCUUACGAACAAGUUUGGUGUAUCUGUAGUAGCUAUGAUGUUGGAACGAGCAGAAAAUCUGUAUCCUACGGAUGACACAUUGUCUUCGGAAUGGUCAUCCUUUGUGGCAAACAUCGUUGAAAUAACUGGAGAAACACCACCCUGCGUCGCACCUUGUCAACCUGUAGCUGCAAAUACGCUCAUUCAGCAUUUAAAUCGACUGUCCCACUUAAAAAGCGAAAGGUACACAAACCUGGAACUUCUGCUAACCGAUGCCAACCCUUCCCGAUAGUCGAGAGUUAUCGACAGAUUUUUCGCUGUAAUGUUUUACGAAUUUUCAUUUUUAUUACUAUGAAAACGAAAUUAUGCCGACACGGAGAACUGCAGACAUUUUAAUGCCGCUAUAUUAUACAUAGAGGAUCUUUUUAAUAUGAUCGAAAACCAUGUUCUCACAGUAGAUCCAUACUUUUGUCUUUGUUUUAAAUGUAACGAUAGUUUAUCGAUUGCUCUUCGUUUAUAUUUAAUGCGAUCGAUUUAUCCCAGCGUCUACCCUAACAUUUCAUACACUCUUCUCCACCUGCGAGUCUACUGUGUAAAAUUGGUCAUCGAUUACUUCUAUUUCGUGAACUACACAUCCUAUGUUUCU